AUGGUCCGCCAAGAUCCUCACCAGGGCGGAAGCCUCUCAGACAUGGCCGCAACCGGCACCACCAUCCCCAACGAUGCGGGCAAGAUGAACACCAUCCCCUCAGUACCUCGUCCCGACCAGCGAGCCGAGCACUUCGGCUUCGAUAACGCCGGCGUCGCCGAGCCCUCGACGGCCAUGGCUGCCGAUAACGCCACUGACCUCCCGCGUUCGACUCGGGAUGUUGGCCAGACUGGCGAGGUCAUCUCCGGCACUGGUAACUCCAUGCCGGCCGGUGUCGAGGCCAAGCACAACUAUAUGGGCGCCAACCACCAUGCCGGCCAUGGUGAUACUCGCGACCUCAAGCAUGCGAAGUAUGGCCAGAGCGAAUAUGAGCGUUACCAGUCAUGA